GUGACCGGAGUUGUGGGCGUCUGGAUCUCACAAUCAUAACGGUUCCGGUAAAAACGCUGGCAAUUCAUGAAGCAUCACAGGCUGUGGGACGAGACUGUGAUUUUCCUGGUCCUGUCCAGAAGGGGCAGUGAUGACGGUGACGUACUCGCGGCGGGUGGCAGAUGCGCGUCUGGGCACCUUUUAUCGCCUUCUUCUGCGAUGGAAAGGAAGCAUUUAUAAGCUGCUGUAUCGCGAGCUGCUGAUCUUCACUGUGAUGUACUGCAUUAUCAGCAUCACAUACAGGUGUGUACUGACUGAAGAGCAGCGCAGGAUGUUUGAGAAGCUCUCCCUGUACUGUGAUCAGUACGCUCAGCUCAUUCCUGUGUCAUUCGUACUGGGUUUCUAUGUGACUCUGGUGGUGUCCCGCUGGUGGGGUCAGUUCGAGAGCGUCCCCUGGCCGGACCGCCUGUCAGCUCUGGUCAGUGGACAUGUACGGGGUGCAGAUGAAGGAGCCAGACUCAUACGCAGGAGUUUAAUGCGCUACGCAAACCUGUCCGGCAUCCUCAUCUACCGCUCCGUCAGCACGGCUGUCUACAAGAGAUUCCCGACCAUGAGCCACUUGGUUCAAGCAGGUCUGAUGACAGCGGAGGAGCUGAGGCAGCUGCAGGAGCUUCCUUCACCUCAUAAUAAGUUCUGGGUUCCCUGCAUGUGGUUUGUCAGUCUGGCUAUGAGAGCUCGAUCUGAAGGACGAAUCAAUAACGACGUCGCAAUGACAGCCAUCCUCAACGAACUGAACACGCUUCGGUCUCAAUGUAUGAGGCUGUACGGAUAUGAUUGGAUCAGCUUACCUCUCGUUUAUACACAGGUGGUAACCGUGGCUGUGUACAGUUUCUUUUUGACUUGUCUGAUUGGUCGGCAGUUUCUUGACCCCGCCCAGGGUUACCCGGGUCACAACCUCGACUUCUACCUGCCUGUCUUCACUUUACUCCAGUUCUUCUUCUACGUGGGCUGGCUUAAGGUUGCAGAGCAGCUUAUUAAUCCAUUUGGGGAGGAUGAUGACGACUUUGAGACUAACUGGCUGGUGGACCGUAAUUUACAGGUGUCUCUGCUGUCAGUGGAUGAGAUGUAUGAUCUGGUUCCUCUGGUUGAGAGAGAUAAAUACUGGGAUGAAGCUGAGCCUCAGCCGCCGUACACCGCCGCCAGCGCAGAACACCGCAAACCCUCAUUCAUGGGAUCUGCGCUGGACAUCAGCGUUCCUAAAGAGGAAAUGGAAUUCCAGCACAAUCUGGAGCAGAUUAAAGAGCACGAGGAGGCCAAUCACUCCACUCCAUUCCUGGGCAGCUUGAGUCGACUUCUGGGCGUUCAGUCGCCCAAUUUCCCCCGCUCGACCCCUACAUCAAGAGUCUCCCUCCUGCGACGCCGACCCCGUGCUCCGUUCUCUCGUUUCCCACUUUACCUCCAUUCUGAGAGCUCACAGAUGCCCAGCCACAGUCGCAACACGGAUGUGAGCGAGGACGCCUUUUCAGCAAUGCCUCUGUAUGAACGACCCGGUUUUUACAGCUGCCCCCAAACGCCCAUCCACUGCAUCCCUCCACCCGUUCCACGACCAAGACCACGGAGAGCGCAUGGUGACAGCUCCAGCUCCUUAACACAACCUAUGGUGGGCUCACAAAUCCUGGCUCUGCCUGACACACCCGCACCUCCUUCAUCCGCCUUCCCUUGGGUGGGGGAAGACAGCGAACAUCCGGCGUUCUCCUUUCCAGAUCCUGUCCCUGAAAUAUGUCCGUUAACCAAAGCACGACUAAUUCAAGGCUUACCAUCGCGCCGUCCUCUCCCUCUGCGACUAUCUGUCGAUAAAUCUCCAUCUCCAUCUACACCAGAGAGGGUGUUUUCAUUCACACCGCCAUCUUGGCCGCAAACGCAAAUCAACACCGCUAGUUCAGUGAAUGUGAACGUGACAAAUAGUAAUAAUAAUCUGUGCAACGGCACAGCAAACAACCCCUGGCCAAUCAGCAGAAGCAGCAAUGCAAGCACAGCCAAUCCUGUCAGCACGAGCCCUACGGCGACUCAGCACUCAGCCAAUCAGCAGAACUCUCCCAACGAUUCUGGAAUCUCAUUGGCUGACGGGGAUCUGUUGGGCGCAGCUGUGAAAACAAGGGAACAGCUCUAAGUCAGGUGGAGAGAAAAUCUGAAAGUUGUUUUUCUUUUGACUAGAUUUUAAGGAAAUUUUGUUUCAAAAAUGCAACCAAUGUCAGUUUUAUCACCCCAAAAUCACAUUAUGAUGAAGAAAGUGGACAAUGAAUCAUAACCUGAUCCAAACUCUGACAGUUUUCACACAUUUUUUUUAUUAAAUUGGUUUAUGUAGGCAGAGACUAACUAAAUAGACUAGUAAAUACACUUUGAACAAGCUGAUGUUGAUGAACAACCUGUGCAAUUGUAAAAUCCUCUAGCCAAUCACAGAACAACCACUGGCCAAUCAGAAGAAGACCCACCACUACAAGAACAGCCAAUCUCGUCAGUACGAGCCCUAUGGCGACUCAGCCAAUCAGCACAACUCCCCCAAUGAUUCUGGGAUCUCAUUGGCUGACAGGGAUAUGUUGGGCAGUUGAGCAGUGAAAACAAGGGAACAGCUCUAAGUCAGGUGGAGAAGAAAUCUGAUCUAGUUGGUGAAGAUAUUGUUUUUUUUUUUUUGACAAGAUUUAAGUAGUUUCUGUUUCAAAAAUGCAACACAUGUAAGUUUUAUCACCCCAAAAUCACAUUAUGAAGGAGAAAGAGGACAAUAAAUCAUAACAUGAUCAUAACGCAAACUUUGACAUUUUCCACAAUUUUUUUUAAAUUGGUUUAUUUAGGUAGAGAUUAAUUAAAUAGACUAGUAAAUACACUUGAACAACCUGAGCAAUUAUAAAAGUCCCUGGUCAAUCACAGAACAAAGCUUGGCCAAUCAGAAGGAGUACCACUGCAAGCACAGCCAAUCCCAUCAGCACGAGCCCUACUGUGACUCAUCACUCAGCCAAUUAGCAGAACUCUCCCAACAAUUCUGGAAUCUCAUUGGCUGACGGGGAUCUGUUGGGCGCAGCUGUAAAAACAAGGGAACAGCUCUAAGUCAGGUAGAGAAGAAAUCUGAUCUAGUUGGUGAGGAUGUUGUUUUUUUGACAAGAUUUAAGACGUUUCUGUUUUAAAAAUGCAACAAAUGUCAGUUUAAUCACCCCAAGAUCACAUUAUGAAGGAGAAAAUGGACAAUAAAUCAUAACAUGAUCAUAACAAAA